AUGAACUUGUCGAUUUACGCCAACUCGCUCGGCACGUACCAGCUGUUCAAGCUCCUCUGUGUGCCCACCAUCAUUGUGAUCAAGUAUCUGAAAGCCGGCGAGGUUGUCUCGCGCAAGGUCAUGGUGGCUCUGGCCAUUCUCCUUGCCGGCGUUGGCUGUGCCACAGUAACCGAUGUCACGCUCUCCUCGACUGGGCUCAUGAUCGGCCUUGGCGCAGUGGUCUCGACCUCGCAGUUCCAGAUCUUUCAGGGCUCGUGCCAGUCGUCUGCUGGCGUCACCGCCAUCCAGGCGACGGCAUCUGUCACGCCGUACCAGGCGGCGUUUGCCGGAGGCAUUGCGCUCUUCGUUGAGGUGCCGGGCAAAAACUCGGUACUCGACUAUGAGAUGAGCGCAACUGCGGCGGUGCUGAUGGUGUGCUCGUGCGCUGGCGCGGUUGCAGUUAACCUCGCCGCCUUUGCGCUCAUCGGCAAGACGUCUGCUGUUACGUAUCAAGUUGUGGGCCAUGCCAAGACGGUCCUCAUCUUUACCGCCUCGUUCAUCCUGUUCCCCUUCCACGGUGACGUUGUCUCCUCGCUCUUCAGCAUCACGCUCGCCAUUGCUGGCGCGGUUCUUUACGGUCACAUCAAGGCCAAGGCCAAAGCAGGCGAGCCCGAU